GCUGGCCGGAGAGAGCCCCUGCUGAGCUCCAACCAUGGACAGCUGGAUGUGGGGUGCCUGCAUCCUCUGCCUGCUGAGCCCAUUAGGAGUCGUUCUGGGCCACGUGCACCCGGAAUGUGGCUUCAUYGCCCAGCUGAGAGAAGACGAGAGGGCCUGUCUAGAGGCCGCAGAGGGGACGCCCAACACCUCCCUGAGCUGCCCUAGGACCUGGGACGGGCUGCUGUGCUGGCCGGUGGCAGGCUCUGGCGAGUGGGUCACCCUCCCUUGCCCUGCUUUCUUCUCUCACUUCAGCUCGGAGCCCGGGGCUGUGAAUCGGGACUGCACCAUCACCGGCUGGUCAGAUCCCUUCCCACCAUACCCCGUGGCCUGCCCAGUGCCCUUGGAGCUGCUGGAUGAAGAGAAAUCUUACUUCUCUACAGUGAAGAUCAUCUACACCACGGGCCACAGCAUCUCUGUGAUCGCCCUCUGCCUGGCCAUUGCCAUCCUGGUGGCUCUCAGGAAGCUCCACUGUCCCCGGAAUUACAUCCACACCCAGCUGUUUGCCACCUUUAUCCUCAAGGCGGGAGCAGUGUUCCUGAAGGAUGCCACCCUCUUCCACAGUGAUGACACCGACUACUGCAGCUUCUCCACGGUCCUGUGCAAGGUCUCUGUGGCCACCUCCCACUUUGCCACGAUGACCAACUUCAGCUGGCUGCUGGCCGAAGCCAUCUACCUGAGCUGCCUCUUGGCCUCUGCGUCUCCCAGCUCAAGGACAGCCUUCUGGUGGCUGGUCCUUGCUGGCUGGGGGCUUCCCAUGCUCUGCACUGGCACCUGGGUGGGCUGCAAGUUGGCCUUUGAGGACAUUGCGUGCUGGGACCUAGACGACAGCUCCCCCUACUGGUGGAUCAUCAAAGGGCCCAUCAUCCUCUCUGUUGGGGUGAAUUUUGGGCUUUUUCUCAAUAUUAUCCGCAUCCUGCUGAGGAAACUGGAGCCCGCUCAGGGGAGCCCCCACACCCAGUCUCAAUAUUGGCGCCUCUCCAAGUCAACGCUUCUCCUCAUCCCGCUGUUUGGAAUUCACUACAUCAUCUUUAACUUCCUGCCCGACGAUGCUGGCCUGGGCAUCCGCCUCCCCCUCGAGCUGGGACUGGGCUCCUUCCAGGGAUUUAUUGUUGCCAUCCUCUACUGCUUCCUCAACCAAGAGGUGAGGACUGAGAUCUCACGGAAGUGGCAUGGCCAUGACCCUGAACUGCUGCCAGCCCGGAGGACCUGUGCUAACUGGGCAAUGCCUUCCCGCUCGGGGGCAAAGGUGCUGACGUCUAUGUGCUAGGUGGGCCACACGGUGCCUGGAGUCCAUCCCUGAACUAGGGCAGCUACUCACCAGCCUCUGGAGGAGCAAG